UCUCCUUCCAUAGCAGCUUGCUAUUGGCAUACGAGCGUCUGUUCAAUAGUUGGGGAUGUAAAAACCUAGUGGAAGUUGGUGGGCAUGUGGAAGCUCUUAACUAGUCGUUAAUAGUUACAUUAGAAAUUUACAUUUGUAUAACUCGGAGAAGUAUUGAGGAAUCGGUGUCCUGGAGGCGAAAAUCAAAAUCCGUCGUUGUUAUCAUCUGUACAUCCAGUAGCAGCUCACUUAGCAAGAUCUAGUGACGUAUUUAAAAGAUGCAAAAUGAGUUUACUAAGAAUGGAUUAUUUUUUUAACGACAAUAUCAGUGCUUCAAAUGGUUCAUAUAAUCAAGUGUAUGAUUUAUAUUUGGAAGGUUUCGCAAGGAAAAGUGUCAUGUUGGUAUUUGGGAUUGACUUCUAUUCAUACGUUACUCCUAUUAUUCUGUUGGUGGGACUUUGUGGUAAUUCUUUAUCACUGUGUGUGUUUUUCUCGAAGAAAAUGAGAGGCAUGUCAGCUAGCAGAUAUUUAGCGGCAUUGUCAAUAUCCGACUUGAUGACAUUGAUAGUGUACGUGCUGAGUGAAUGGUUACGACGUGGAUUACCUACGAUAGCUCGUGGCUAUUACGUGUCGUUCUUCGACAGGCCAGUGGUGUGCCAAGUGUGGCUUUAUUGCAGUUACAUGUCGCGGCUCGUUUCAGCUUGGCUAAUUGUAACAUUUACAUUUGAACGUUUUAUUGCUGUGUGUAUGCCAUUACGGCGGCGUAACCUGGGAUCCCUAAAGGAGACACACAGAAUAAUUACAUUACUGAUUGGUCUCUCGGGCGUAAUUGCUAUAUACAAGCCUGUAACAAGUGAGGUGCGGGCACUAAAUAACCGGACCAUAUGUACUAGUAUAGAAAAAUUUGAAUAUGAAGUUUUCAUUAUGGACAGCGUGUAUGCUUUGAUUAUUACACUUGUACCUUUCAUUAUAAUAUCGACACUGAACAUUUUAAUUAUCCGAAAGCUUCUUAACCGAAAGAUGAAAAACAAGUACAAUCUUGUUACAGAGGAAAAUUCUAUACGAUUGGAUUUCACAUUUAUUUUGUUAGCUAUUUCCGCUUUCUUUAUUGCGUUGAACUUACCAUUUUUCUCCAUGUGGGUAAAGCAAUCUUUGCAGUCACGUUCAUUGCACUCAACAUUAGACCACACGGAUCACGUUAAUUUUGAAUAUUGGCAAGGAGUUAUGAAAAUAACAAGGACAAUUGUGUACGUUAACUAUUGCAUCAACUUUUUCCUUUACAGUAUUACAGGAGCUUGUUUUCGAAGACAAUUAAAGGCUCUUUUCACCCGAUCACAUGAUUCUAAAAGGGCAUCGUAUCAAUAUAAACUCACUGGAAAUGGCACCCAAUGUACGAAUGUAAAGAACAGAAAUACGUGGAUAUAACAAACAUGUUGAACGUUUCCACUUCUUGUUCAUAACGACAGUGCGUUAAAGCAAACAAUAGUGACUGUUUUAUGAAUUGCAUCAUCAACACAUACACUGUUUGUAUCAUUAGCUUUUUUGCAGCUUGGAGCCGUGAUGUUGUUUUGCUUUGUGUUACAAUGAACCAAAUACGUGUUUGUUGAGCUUUGCGCUGUGUUUUCUAACUCAAACGACAAUGCAAUAGUUUAAACAAACAUCAGAAACAUAAGCAACAAAAUAUCGAGUCAUUUAACUGGAUAAGGAGAACGAAUUCCUUUUAAAUAAUACUAUAUGAUUUCUUAUGAUUAAUAUAUAGAAACAUUCCAAUAGGGUUCAAGUGUUUGAUGCUUAUUAACGUUUCCAAUUAAAAAAUAAGUAAAUAUGAAAUUUUAACAAAGGGAUAUUUGCAGUUUUGUAAUUGUUUAACGAUUAAUGAUACCUAAUAAUUUAUCAUGCUAAUAAAUAUUUAAACUUUACACGUUCUUGUAGAAAUGA